AUGCUCAGCCGAGCUACCAUUUGUCUUUCCGCUGCAAGCCGCGUCUUUGUACUGGGUGGCUACAUAACGCCAUUCGUCGGCAAAGGCAACCCGGACUUUAUUGAUAAGAAGCACCCCGACUUUGGAAAGAAGAACAACAGGACGCUGGAGGAAUUUAUGGCGGAGACAGUUCGUGGGACGUUGGAGCAAACCCAGCUCGCCGGCCGGGAGGAGCUAAUCGACCAGCUUGUGGUGGGGAACUUUGACGGAGAGUUGUUCUCGAAUCAGGGCCAUCUUGGCCCGGCGGCAGUGGGGAGCCUGACCUACGGCCGCCCCGAGGGUUCCGCCAACCCCCUUCUUUACAAGCCGGCGUUUCGAGUCGAGGGGGCCUGUGCCUCUGGCGGCCUCGCCUUGUACUCAGCCUUCAACGCCCUCAAGGCCGAGACCGCGAGUGUGGUGCUUGCCAUGGGGGUGGAAGUGCAAACAACCGUAUCACCCAGGCAAGGGGGCGAUUUCCUCGCCCGUGCGGCGCACUACUCUCGGCAGCGUGGUAUCGACGACUUCACAUUCCCCUGUCUCUUCGCGAAGCGAAUGAAAACCAUCGCCGAGCGCAAACACUUCACCAUGGAUGAUACCGCUAAGGUGGCCGUGAAGGCCUAUUCGAAUGGGAACAAGAAUCCCUUAGCGCACAUGCGCACGUGCCGUAUGACCCUCGAACAGUGCAGUGAUCACCCGAAGAACUUCAAAUUCCUUGGGAAUGAGACGUACAAGGAGUACUUGCGCGUGUCGGACUGCUCGCAGGUCAGCGACGGUGGUGCCGGUGCCGUGUUGGUAAACGAAGAGGGUCUCAAGAAGUUGGGCCUCACCCCACGCGAUGCUCGGUUGGUUGAGCUAAAGUCCCUGUCUUGUGCAGCUGGAAAUCUCUUCGAGGACCCAACCGACCCGACACGGCUGGACACUUCGUACAUGGCCUCACAGCGUGCGCUCGCUCAAGCCGGGCUGAAGCCCAGCGACCUGCAGGUGGCUGAGGUGCAUGACUGCUUUUCGAUUGCGGAAAUUCUUAUGUAUGAGGCUCUGGGAUUGGCAGAAUACGGCAAAGGGCGUGACCUCAUUAACAACGGCGACACGUGUCUCGACGGCCGUAUUCCUGUGAACACCGGCGGUGGCCUCUUGGCUUUUGGCCACCCUGUCGGCGCCACAGGUAUGAAGCAGAUCAUGGAAGUCUAUCGUCAAAUGAAGGGGCUCUGUGGAGACUAUCAAAUGAAAAAGGUGCCUGCCUUGGGCGCGACCUUGAACAUGGGAGGCGACGAUAAGACGGCCGUCGCCACGAUUCUGGAAAAUAUCUAA